UUAGUGCUCAAAUCAGGAAGUAAUUCCACUGUUGUUAUCCUUCACCUUCACAACUCAAAUUAUGUGCAUGUGACGGGGUUUUAUACAUCUUAUUAUGGAUUUACAACUCGAACUUUCCCAGAUGUACUCAAUAUUAUUGUAGCAUUUAGACUUCGCAAUCAAAGUUUAAAAAGUCAGGCUUUCAGAGAACGUGAGGGCGUACAGUAAAGCCUCAUGUCUCCUGCUGUGGUCCGCACGCCGCUACAGCUCUACCGCUAUCUGCUGCGCUGCUGCAAACUCCUGCCAACAGCAGCCAUGCAGAAACACUACCAACACGCCAUCAGACAGAGCUAUAACAGUCAUGCGGAUGAAGAUGAUGCAGAAAGGAUUCAGAUGAUCAUUCAAAGAGCCAUAUCUGAUGCUGACUGGAUAUUAAAUAAAUAUACUAAAAAGAAGUGACCCUCUGUGGAGAAGUGUUUAUCAAGCUGACUCAGAACUGCAAACGUCAUGCACCAACUACUUAACACUUGAAAAUGAAACUGACAUCAUACCCACAGGUUAUAAAUGAACACCAAAUGAUCCAUAUAGGCAUUAUCAAGUAUAACAAUUAGCUGAUGUUUCGUUGAUAAGCUCUUGGAAGAGCCUGACGUGUAUGCAAUUAUGUUCUGACAAGUAACAGACCUACACUUGUGCAAUGCAUUUAAUGUUUAUUUUGUACAUUUUAAAGAAAUGUUAAUAAAUGCAUUUAAUAUUU